AUGGCUGCUUUCGCUGCUGUCCUUACAGUCUACCACAAACUAGACCUCUUCCUCCCUUCAUCUCCAUCCAAAUCUUGUCCGGAAACACAAUCCAUCCACGUCGAGCUUCGUUCCAUGAUCAAUGCUUUAAAAAAUUACAGUUCAAUGCAAGGCAGGAAGCUGAGGUUGGAUCCAUUGGAACAGCAAAUCGAAGACUUAGCAGAAAAGAUCACAGAUCUGAUGGAACACGAAAAGCUUAACGAUGAAGAAGAUCUCACGACAGUCCCCUCGGAAUUGAUCGAUCUGGUAAGGGAAUUCACUUUCUUGUCCGGAAACUUCAUCGCUGAGGCAUCGAAAAUCGAAGAAAAUAAAGAAGCUCCGGGACCUCGCGCGACAGUUUCGUCGAAAAUGAUCUGUAAAUCUGAGUGUGAGCUUGUGGGGUUGGAGGAGGAAACGAAACAAGUGAUGGAUUGGGUUGUGGGAGGGCCUUAUACACUUGAAGGUAUCUCGAUUGUCGGUAUGGUGGGUAUCGGUAAGACCACUUUAGUCGAACAAGUUUACAAUCAUCCAUCUACAAUGUCCCUUUACGACACGCGAAUUAUGGUUAUUGUUGGCCCCGAUUUUGAGUUUAAUGAGUUCUUACAGCUUCUGGUAGAUCAUAUAGAAGGGGCGAAGCGCAAACGUUUUACGGCUACUUCUGAAUUAAGUGCCCAUGUUCGGAAGCUUCUAGAGAAACGAAGAUAUCUACUUGUGUUAGAUGAUGUUUGGGAUUAUCGAAUUUGGCACUACAUGGAGAGAUGUUUUCCGAGGAGCUAUGAUAAAUGUCGAAUAAUUGUGACGACUAGGUUGCUAAGUGUCGCUUGUGGCGCGAUUCAUGUUCAUAAAAAAUGCUUCUUGGACGACGACGACAGCUGGAAUUUACUCCGUAGGACGGUGUUCACAAGUCUCGAAGAAUCUUGCAGCUUCCAGCUCGAGAAAAUCGGGAAAAAGAUAGCCAACAACUGUGAAGGGCUUCCCUUGGCUAUUAUUUCCAUUGGACGGAUUUUGCGCGACGCGGAGAAAACUGUAGAAUAUUGGGAGAAAAUUUCCGAAGAUGAAAAUCCUCUUGGUAUCGAUGUCGACGACAACUCAAACAUCACAAGAUCGCUCCUUUUGAGCUACGACAUGUUGCCUAGAUAUCAAAAAGCUUGCUUUCUCUAUGCCGGAGUAUUUCCCCGAAGUUAUGUGAUCUACGUCUCCGAACUGAUUCGAUUAUGGGCGAUCGAGGGAUUCGUCGUCGGAAAAAAUCUUGUAAGUGUCGGAAUUACUGGUGAGGCAUGGCUGGAAGAACUCAUCUCUGCAAGUGUAGUUUUGGUUCAUCAAAAGAGCUCAACAUUUAGGAAAACUAAAACAUGUCGAAUCCAUUAUGUCUUUCGAAACUUAUGCAUUAGUAUAGCCGAGAAGGAGAAGUUCUGCCAUGUCCUAAGGAAAUAUAAGUAUAGUUUUCCGAGAGGCACAAACCUGCAGCGACGACUUUGCAGCCACAGCAAUAGUAUGCUCGGCAUUGAGGAAGUGCGCGCCACAAUUAAGUCGAUAUUAUCCAUAGGGUCGCUUCUUUGUUUAGGUCCGUAUCAUCCAUAUCCUCUACGGCUACACUUAAGCUUUACAUUAUUGAAGAUACUAAAUGCGCGCGCAAUCCGGUUCUUCACAUUCCCGUGCGAAAUACUAAAGCUAGUUCGAUUGAAGUACCUCGCCAUCACAUACGACGGAGAACUCCCAAACUCCAUUUCGCAGCUUCAGAAGCUUCAAGUUUUGAUUAUCCGUCGACAUAUAUAUACUAAAUUAUCGGAGGUUGCUUAUCUACCCGUCGGUAUUUGGAAUUUGAAGCAUUUAUGGCAUCUUCAUUGCUUAGGACUCGACCUGCCCGAGCCUUGUAACGGCGAAAUGUUCCUACAUAACCUCAAAACAUUGUCGGGCGUGAGCGCGCGCAGCUGUAGGAGGAGAAUUCUUGCAAGAUUGCCUAAUCUAUUGAAGUUAGGAAUCCGCAUUGUGUUAGGACAAGAUGAAAAACAGAGCUUUGGUUUCUUAAACAUUGUUGGCGACGUGCACCCUUAUCUCGAGUCAUUCAAAUGCAUCGUCUUCGGCUUCAAUGGUUGCGUUGUUUUGGAGCUCCCAAGUUUUCCACGUUACAGUCGAAAGAUAACAUUGAGUGGAUGCAAAUUUCCAUGGAAGUUCAUGGCAGCCAUUCACAACUUUUGGGAUCUUAGAGUACUAAAGCUUCGAUGCAAUUCGUUCUGCGGACGCGUUUGGGAACCAUUUCAGGGGGAACUUCCUCGGCUCGAAUACCUGCUGCUCGAAGAUUUGGACAUGGAGGUGUGGAAGAGCUGUUCUGGUAAUUUUCCGAAACUCAGGCGCAUAUUCAUUAGACACUGCUACAAAUUGCGUGAGAUUCCUAUUGAUUUUGGGAACAUCGAAAGCCUUGAGUUAAUAGAGGUCGAAGAUUGCCAUCCAUUGAUCGCUACAUCGGCUAAAAUGAUAAAGGAGAAUCACCAAAAGAUGUUCCGAUAUAAGAAUCUUCAAGUUCUUAUACAUUCCUCAUGGGAAGACAAGAAGUAG